GGCGGGCGCGCCGGGGGCGGCACAUGGUGCGCAGCCGCCGCCCCUCCGGCCCUUGCGAGCUGCGCCCGGCCGGCGCUGCCCGAGCCGAGGAGCCGGCCGCGCGGUAGCAAGUUGGAGGGCUGCGCCCCUGCCCCGACUCGGAGCGACUGCUGGGCGUCUCUGAGGUAUUCCGUCUCGUAAAGGGAACUUUGCGUAGGAUCCCGCAGCCGGGGAGCCGGAGGAGGUGGUGGAAGGGAGGGAAGCCGACGUGCGAAAAGGAAGAAACAAAACAAACAAAAAGAUAAAUAUAUAUUUCGUCUAAAGGAUGCCGGAGCGGGGCCCGGGGGCUCCCGGCGAGCGCCGGCCCGCCGCGGGAGCACCGUAGGAGCGAGGGCUGGCGCCGGAGCGGGGCGGGCGCCCCGGCAAAGCGCGCUCCCCGCAGCAGCGGCAGCCCCGGCGCCCAGAGCCCUUUCUUGCCUCCCGGCGAUUAAUGGAAUGAUGUUGCGGAAAAGGCAGAGCGAUCCUGCCGGGCUCAGUCGGGACUGCGCGGGCGGCGGCGGAGGCGGUGGCAGCAGGGUCGCGAGCGGCAUGCGAGUGCCCUCCCGGCGCUAUGGCUAGCGGUGGCUCUGGCGACUCCAGCAGCGAGGUGUCUGGCGGCGGCAUCCCCAGCAGCAGUUCCUUGCAGAGGAAGAAGCUCAUCUCUAUCUGCGACCACUGCAAGAUCAAGAUGCAACUGGUGGCCGAUCUGCUUCUGCUGUCGAGCGAGACCAGGCCGGUGAACACCGAGAGCCUGUCUGUCUUCGGCGAGUCCUUCGAGAAGUGCAGGGACACAAUCAUUGCCAGGACCAAAGGACUCUCCAUCUUGACCCAUGACAUCCAGAGCCAGCUUAAUAUGGGACGCUUUGGGGAGGUGGGGGAAAGCCUGAUGGAGAUGGGGGAGCUGGUGGUCUCCCUGACUGAAUGCUCUGCCCACGCUGCCUACCUGGCUGCAGUGGAGACUCCGGGGGCCCAGCCUGCCAUGCCUGGCUUGGUGGAUCGCUACAAGGUGACCCGAUGUAGGCAUGAGGUGGAGCACGGCUGCGGGGUCUUGAAGACCACCCCUUUGGCAGAUAUGAGCCCUCAGCUCCUGCUGGAGGUUUCUCAGAACAUGUCCAAGAACUUGAAAUUCCUGACAGACGCCUGCGUGCUGGCCAGUGAGAAAUCCAAGGAUAAAUUUGCUAAGGAGCAGUUCAAACUCAGUGUCAAAUGUAUGAGCACCAGCGCCUCAGCCCUCUUGGCAUGCGUCAAGGAGGUCAAGACUUCACCCAGCGAACUGACCAGGAACCGAUGCGUGUUGUUCAGUGGACCUUUGGUGCAGUCUGUCUACGCUCUGGUGGGCUUUGCCACUGAGCCCCAGUUUUUGGGUAAAGCUGCCACCAUUAAUCCAGAGGGCAAAGCUGUGCAAACUGCCAUCCUAGGAGGAGCCAUGAGUGUGGUAUCCGCUUGUGUGCUCCUGACCCAAUGCCUCAGGGAUAUAGCCCAACACCCCGAAAGUAGCACCAAAAUGAGCGAUUACAGGGAAAGGUUGAGGAACUCAGCUUGCGCCGUCUCGGAUGGUUGCAACCUGUUAUCUCAGGCACUAAGAGAACGAUCUUCACCCAGGACUUUACCGCCAGUGAACUCCAAUUCUGUGAAUUAACCCCCACAUUUUCUGUUUAGAUCCCAGUCAUUGCUAAAGGAAAAUAAUAUCCCACCUCCUCCCCCCUUUUUUUGUAUACCAAAGAAUUUGCUUGGAUGAGCCCAAUCCUUUGAUUUCAUGUAAUGAAGAAGCAGAACAUAUUCAGACUAGACAUACUAAUAAAGGUGGCCAGUUCUGGCUUACUUAUUUUUACUUUAAAGUCAAGCAAGUAUCUGCAGAUAAAUUUUCCUUGAUGCAACAAGGUUUUCACACAAAUGGUAAUAACAGCUGUUUAAAAGGGUUUGGUGUUUUUUUAUAUUUGGGGAGGUGGGGGUAUCUUAAAAAAAGGAGAAAAAAAAAAGAGCUUUAAUCGCGCUGGGUGCGGUUUUUAAAGUUUGUCUCGUCUCAUCUUCUGAAAUUUCCCUUCUAAAUUUUGCUGUUCAGUUGUGCAGGAAAAAGGUUACCUCAGUUCUCAUUUAAAAAAGAAGAAAAAACCCAACAACACAUAGAUGAUGGAUGUAGCUACUAUUUUGUUUGUUUUUGUUUUGUAUGACUUCUUUUUUAUUUUGCAUCAAGUGUUAGGUUAGAAGUGCAUUUGGUGUGUAGGAGUGGAAGGACUGGAGGUUGUGAUUAUGUUUUCCAUGUGUUGAUUUCCAAACUGGGGGAAAAGCUACUGUGAGUGUUUAAACAAACAAACAAACAAAAAUUACACUAUAACAAAAGUGAUUUUUAAUUUUUUUUUUCCAAUGUCAGUUUUUAUCUUGCAUGUACUGGAGUAUUUAUUUCAUCUAUUAAAAUGUUAUGUUUCUCA